AUGUAUCGACACUAUAACUCUUGGCAUAGCCAACUGGACAACACUAAUUCGUUGACAUUUUCGGUAGAAAGCGUAAAAUUAGCGUAUUUUUGUGUUGCGAUUAAUUAACGCGCUGUAUGACUAUUGUUAAUUAGGUAGUGCUAUGUGUAUGGAGUGUCGAGUAUAGAGAUUGUGCGCUAUUUAUUUGUGAUACAUAAUUAUAUGUGCUGACAUUAUGGCAUUCACUGCGGAAGAUGUUGCGAGACGCUAUCCAAUUCACUGGUUAGUGUGGAACAAUGAGUUUGAAGAGCUAAAGUCGCUAUUGGCCGCUAAUAAGAUAACACAAGAGGAGCUAGAAUCCAAAGACUGCAGGGGGCGAACUCCCCUGCUACUAGCGGUGACACUAGGUCAUCUAGAAACGACGAAGGUGCUUAUUGAGGCGGGUGCUGAUGUUAACUGCGAAAAGGAUGGGUGGACUGCGGUACAAGAAGCCACAGCGACGGGCAACGCGGAGCUCCUCUCACUGGUGCUGUCGCGGAGAGACUACCAGCGUCACGUGCUGCGCUCGGGGGGCAUCCCCGACCUGCUGCGCCGGCUCAGCCUCGCGCCAGACUUCUAUGUGGAGAUGAAGUGGGAGUUCACUAGCUGGGUGCCACUAGUAUCCCGGAUGUGUCCGUUCGACACUUACAAGGUGUACAAGCGAGGAGGCAAUGUACGCGUGGACACGACGCUCGUCGGCUUCGACAACAACCGAUGGCAGAGGGGCGAUAGGACGUAUAUAUUUAGGGGACAGGGUCGCACAGCAAGCCUAAUGGAGCUAGACCACGAGUUGGGCACCUCCUGGUGUGAAUACCUGGAGCCCAUGUCGGGAGACAGGGAGUGGCCCGCGCCGCCUCAACACGCGAUAGAACAACGCCUCGCAUCGCCACUCGCUAUCAACUAUUUGGACACCGAUAAGAUUAGUUUUGAAAGAAAUAAGAGCGGCAUCUGGGGCUGGCGCCAGGACAAGUCUGAGCAGGUGAACGGCUACGAGUGCAAGGUGUUCGGCGCCAACAACGUGGAGCUCGUGUCCAAGACUCGCUCCGAGCACCUCCCGCGCGGCGCACCCAGGGCACCCGCGCGAGCCCCGCUCGCUGGCCUGCUCGCGCUGGCCGAUACUGAGCUGCCUGCCGCCACCACGCCGCUGUCUGAUAAGCCCGAAGAAGACGAGUCACCCAGUCCCCGGAACAGCAGAUCCCGGGACGACUUAACCUACAUCCCGGUGACGUGGCAGGAGUACUUCUCGGACGAAGAGCUGGACCGGGACAUCGGACGGCCGCGGGACGUCAGCACUAAGGUGCAGAAGUUCAGAGCUACGCUGUGGCUGUGCGAGGACUAUCCGCUAGAGUUACAAGAACAAAUAAUGCCGAUCCUAGACCUAAUGGCGGCGAUAUCAUCGCCACACUUCGCCAAGUUAAAGGACUUCGUUCAAAUGCAGCUGCCCGCUGGUUUCCCUGUCAAAAUUGAAAUCCCCCUCUUCCACGUACUAAACGCGCGGAUAACAUUCGGUAACAUAUUCGCAACCGAAUGUCCAGUCCCAUACAUCGAGUGCAUACAAGAGGGUGAUCGACUGUCCUGUGUGGUGGACGACCAGUGCUUCGCCAUCGGCCGGGGCUAUAGAGACGCGGCCGGUCCUGAUGAUAGACUGUCUUGUGGGGUGGACGAUGAAGAGGGACUGUUACAGUAUGCUAUACAGCAGAGCCUCAUGGAGACUGGGACUCAGGAUGAUCAGGUGGACGUUUGGGAAGCACUGCGAGGUGCCCGGCCCGUGUCGCCAGCUCCCCCGCGACUGCGUAGCGACGAUACACAUCUACUCGCACACGAGGAACGACAACUGCAGAGGGCGAUCGAAGCCUCCCUCGCCGCCGCGUCCCUCGACCGCGCGGAGCCGCGGCCCGCUAGCCCCGACCGCGCGGACUCGCGGCCCGACAGCGCGGACAGCGCGGACGAGGAACUCCGAGCCGCAUUGGCGGCAUCAGCUCAGGAACAAGCCAACAUGGAGCGGCAACUGCAAGCUGAGCAGAGGGCGUUGGAUGAGGCGCUGAGAUUGUCGUUACUGGAUAAGUGACCUAAUGUUAUGAUCUCAGUUCCACAAUCGUAUGUAUGAAGCGUCCAACCAAAAUAAGACUUACGCCUAAUGUACUUCUAGUAAGUAGCUAAAAUUUAUAUUAACUGCCGGGUCUUUGUAACACAUGCUUUUGCCCAUAGGACAUUAUAGAAAAGGCAUCUAUUAUUUUACUGUAUAAAAAAAUACAGUAAAACGUUUUUGUAUAAAACAAAAUUAGUGUUGUUCAGACAAUUUUUCUUUUCGAUAUCGAUAAAAAUUAUCGAUCACUGAGCUCUAAUUAUAUCGAUAUAGCGUCCAAAGUUAGUGUUGCUAUUAUGGACAAGACACUUAAAGCAAACUGGCGACUGAACUAAUAGAAUAAUUUCGGAUAUAAAUAAUUCAAAUAUUUUUUUGUAUGUAGUACCCAAAUGGCAUGUGCAGUAACAAUAUUAUUACAGCAAACUUAUAAUUUACAUAUAAUAUAAUUGAAAUCGCUAGUUUGUGGAACAAAGAUCCGACUUACGGUAAAUUGCACCAUUUAACUAUAACGAUAACCGAACCAUUUUCAGUUCUCGGCUGGUUAUAGUUUUGUUAUCGUUAUAGUUAAAUUUUGUAACUCACACUUAGAUUUUUGACUGUAGAAUAUUUAUUCAUCGUUAUGUAAUAAUUAUUAUAGUCAUGUACGUUAUUAUUUACACUAAGUAUGUUAUUAAUAAUAAUGUACAUUUGUAUUUAGUACCGCUACACGAGUGAGAUAUAAUUGUAAAUUAAUGAUUCAAUUAUUUUAAUGGAAUUGUUCUGAUAGGUACAUAUUUCAGAAAGUAUUGAUGUUUUUACCUUAAUUUUCAAUGAAAUCGUUUAAAAAAAUAUUGGUUAACCAACAAAAAUCUAAAAUAUAUUUGACGUCUUACAUCACAAUAUUUAUUUGUUUUAAAUUAUGCUUGAGUUUUACAUAUUUAAUUAAUUUCCAAAAUUCAUUUUAUACCUAUUACAAUUUACUUCAAAACAAAAUAAGGUUCUACUUUAUAAAAUUACAUAAAUUUUGCCUGGUUUUCGUUACAAAUAAGUAAAAAAGAUGAGCACUAAGCUAUGGGUAUACAGGGACUUAAUUCUGUUACUUUUGCCCCAGACAAAAGAAUUGGCAGUGGUCACAACCUGAUUAGGAUUGUCACAAACUGACCAGAGCAGUCACAAUUCCAAAACCCAGCUUUUCAAAAAAGGUAGAACUUUAUAUUCGAUGAAAUUAAACAAGUAUUUGUACUGUCUCAAUUAUUAUGAUUACUCUUUACUAUAAGUUAGUUCUAGACUUGGCAUUAGUGCCUAGGAUUAGUGUCCAGUGCAAUAAUUAUUUAAUAUUUUAAUGUUUAUACUUUACACUUGAUUCCUAUAUACCUGCGUCCCUGCAGUUAGACGAAAUAUGACCUUAAUGUGAUUGUAAUAAGGUCGAUAGUUGAUAAAUAAGUUCACAAUUCUGAAUAUAUAGAUUUUGGGUGUGAAUAGCGUAAUUAGAAUCAAAUGUAUAUUCUCUUUAACAUAUUCUAUUAUAUGAGGUUUUGUGAUAUGAAUACGUUAUUUAUACUAAUUAUAGACUCUUGACUGCCAAGCAAUAAUCGUUCUUCUUGGAUACAUUCUUGAGAAUUUAGAGUUGAUAUUUCCUUGGCAGUUUUUACAGACGGACUGUUUAUGGUACAUAAACUGACAAGAUUUACUUGGUUAGCAAAUAGCAUUUGUUAAACUAUACACACUCAAAUACAUAUAUUUAUUUUUUGUAGAUGAAACAGUGAGUAGCAAUUAUUUUCUGAAUAAUAAUGUUUUAUCACAAGGUGCCUAGUAAAUACCAACUCUAAUGUCAUCAUCACAAAUAUAACCUAUAGUUAUUCUCAUUUUAACAAUAGGAAACAUUGUAAGAAUGUAACGGGUAAUAUUUGAACGUAAACAUGUCUUUAGAAUGAUGUCACAAAGAUCAUCAAAUCAAUCGGAUCAAAAUCGGCGCAAUCGCAAUAGUUGGCAAUAGCGCCAUCUAUCGCGUGUGACAAGUACUAAAUGUAGUGUAGUGAUACAGUCUUAUUUGUGACGUCUUACGCUUAAAUAUUACCCUUUAAUUCCUUUUACGAAGGACCGUAUUACGACACGAUAUCCAGAUUGGAGGAUGCUGUACUCAAAAAUCGUCUUAAUAAAGCUAGGACAGAUGACCUGACUUCGUCUCAUAAUACGGUUCCUAAAUAAACUUCGGUUUUCUACCAUCAUGACGUAGGUGUACCUAGUAGGCCACUGUAAUGGCAUAAUGUUGUAUACUUGGCGCUACUUCGCAGCUGUGAUUUUUAUAUUUAAUAAUGUAUUGAAUAUUUUGUAUGGUAGUCCAAAGAUUGUGCUGUAGACUAAAUUUCGCGUUGAACACUAAGGCAAGUAAUACACUAUUGCUAGUUUUGCGAAUAGUGUGAAUACAGCCUUAGUGUCAAAAGCUAUUUAAUUCGAUUCGAUCUCAUGUAGUAUUAUUAGAUCAAAAGGCAUAAUAAAGUAUUAUUGCAGUAAACUUACAGAUAGGACAGUAUUUGUAACACUGCCAUCUGUUGUGUGUAUUCGGAACUAUUUAGUCACAACUUGUUAUAGCGCCAUCUCUUGGUGGGUAGAUGAAACAAACUAAUGUCCAUGGAGUUAGUGAUGCUUAGAUUUUGUAAUAAGUGUGUGUACAAAAUAUUUAAUACAUGUCCACACGUAUUUAUAUGACUAUAUUAUACAUAUUGUACAAAGCUAUUUCAAUUCUAUACUUUCCGAUCCCAGUUAAACAUUGUACAUGUACAACCCUGUCGAAAUGUGUAAUAUAAUGUGUUAUUAUACCUAAUUAUAUUUUAUGUAUAUUGAUUUUUAAA